CUUUCAGUUUUCACCGUAUGUCCGUGUCGUGGUCUUACGUUAUUGAAUCCAUUACAUUAUACUCGCACAUUUCAGUUGUGUUUGGAAAAUAGUUAUAAUAUUCAUCUAACUUUACUGUAAACUGUUCUUUUGUUUGUACAAUUAUUAUAAUCCCAAGUUCUUUCAAAAUGUAUCCAAAUCAGUACACUCCUCAGUAUUCACAAUAUAAUCAACAAUAUCAGCAAUAUCCAUCUAAUUACUAUCAAAUGUACAAUAAUUAUAACCAACCACCUGCUUACAACGUUCCUCCACCGACGCAAACAGCCACGACAUUUAUAAGUCCAAAUGUACCAGCCGUCCAACAGCCACAAGUAUCAACUGCCGGACAAAAUGUUACAAGCUUGUGGAUGGGAAGCCUAGAACCUUAUAUGACAGAGAGCUUCAUCACAGGUGCAUUUCAAAAGAUGGGAGAAUAUCCUAAGAAUGUCAAGUUGAUGCGUAAUAAAAAUACUGGCGAAACCGCUGGUUAUGCAUUUGUUGACUUCUAUGAUCCAGUAUCUAUUAUGCAUAAACUCAAUGGAAAAUAUAUACCUGGUACUAAUCCACCUGUAAGAUUUAAACUCAAUCACGCUGGAAAUCCUGGAAAAAUUACUACGAGUGAUAAAGAUUUUUCUGUAUGGUUGGGUGAACUUAGCUCAGAUGUAGAUGACUAUCAGCUAUAUAAAACAUUUGCAUGCCGCUAUCAAUCUAUACGUACAGCUAAAGUGGUCUUAGAUAGUGCCGGUUACAGUAAAGGAUAUGGAUUUAUUCGUUUUAGCAGUGAAGAAGAACAAAAACACUGUCUUAACAAUAUGAAUGGUUUUCCGGGUCUUGGUUCCAAACCUAUAAAGGUUAGCAGUGUCAUACCAAAAUCAGAACGCCAUAUUGUUGUUGCUUCAAAUGACUCUCAAGGGUAUAAGGCUAGUCAAGAUUAUGGACAGUAUUUUGAAACCAACUAUUGGCAUCGAUACUCAUUAUGGAACCAACCCGAAAUUCAGAAUAAUGUACUUAAGCCAGAACCAGCUAUUGAAACUCCCGUUAUUAAAACAAAUGGAAAUUUAAAUCUAGUUGAUUACAAAAAAUCAAUUGACGUAGAUGCAUUAAACAAAGACCUUGUCACACAAGAUUACAAUUUAUGGGAUGCACUUGAAAGUUCUAAAUGGUUACCAAUUGACACUAUAGAAGUUAUUUAAAUGAGAAUAACAUUUAACCAAGUUCUUUUACAAAUCUCUUAUUUCUUGUAUGUAAUUAUGUAAUAUAAUGAUAUUUUUUUAUAACUAAAAUAAUAUAUUUUUUAGAAGUAUAACUUAAUAUAACAGAAAAUAAUGUUGAUAAAUAUAAAUAUUGUUCAAUUCAUUAUAAGUUAAGUUUGAUAAGCAACUAAUUGUAUUAUCUGAGUAUCAAUUAAUUUUUUUAUGUAUGUAUGUUGUUCUACCUCUAAUAAGGAAAUAUGUGAUAAACUAUUGAUUCAUGUAUAGAUUAAUUAACCAAAAAUAUUAUUUAUUCCAUUUGUAUACCAUUUCACAUUUGUUUAGUGCUUACCCACUAAUUAGUUUUGAUAAAUCUAUAAUCCCUCAUGUUGUAGCUAACCAUUGUUUUAUACUUUAAUGAUUAAAGGUGAUUUUAGUUUCAGUUUUAGUUAUAUAAUUAUAUUUUUAUAUAUCUAGGUUAAAAUAUUAAACAACAAUACAACAUGUCCUGUAUUAUUUUAACUUAUAUUCUUUAAUUAAAGCUUAUACUAGUUAAAACAUAUUUUAACCAUUUUUUUUUUUUUUAUCAAAUUGUAUAGUUAUUGAAUAUAACUAAUAGCAUUAAUUAUAAAUACUAAUAGUAAAUAAUACUUAAAAUGUAAAAUAUCUAUAAGUAUGUAUUUUUCUUUUGGUUUAUGAACUGCUAUUGUUACACAAA